GUUUCCUGUUUUGCAGUUGCUUCCCUUGAGUGUUCAUGUGAUACACUUGUAAACAUGUCGUCGGAGAAAUUCGAGUCAUUGGAAGAUGACUUGACUUCGAUAAUCGAUGGUUUAAAGGAACGAAUCGAGAAAAAGAUCCCAGUAUAUCGAGGAGAGGAAAAGAAAACAGCAAUCCGCCAUGCUGGAAGAAAUUUGGAGGAGGCAGAAUUUGUUAUGCAAGAAAUGGAGGAGGAAGCCAAGGUUGCUCCAGUACCCUAUAGAACACAGAUGCUGGGGAAGCUCCGGAACUAUCGACGGGACUUGGAGCAAGCUUCCAAGAUGUUGAAGAAGGAAAGUGGAAGACCUGUAGGGGGCUCGGAUAAUUAUGGAUUUGACAGAGAAGAUAAGAUGAUCGCCUCACAGCGUUCCAAGCUGAUGCAAGGGACCCAGUCACUCAACAGGGCCUCUGAGAGCCUGGCCAGGACGCAGCAGGUGGCAGCAGAGACGGACAUGAUCGGAGUGGACACCAUCGAUGAACUAGGCAGACAGAGAGAGGUUCUUGUACGCACAAAAGACAGGUUGGGUGAAACUGAUCAAAACCUUGGAAAAAGUAGAAAAAUUCUCAAAUCUAUGGCAACAAGGGUGAUGACAAAUAAGAUGAUUUUAAUUGUGAUAAUUCUAUUAGAACUUGGACUGCUAGGUGGACUUGUGUACUGGAAGUUUUUCUCAUGAUGCAAAGAUAUAGUAUGAAUAACCGAAUAAUACUGUGAACUGACACUGGGUGAAAAAAGUGAUGUGAAUGUUCUUUUAUGCAUAGUGUGAGAGCUGUGAGCAACCAAAAAUGCCAGAUUAAUAAAAAAGAAAAAGAAAAAAGGACAUGAUACAGAAAGUGUAAGUUAUGUCUGGAAAAAAAAACUUCAUUGGCAUUCCUUGUUGAGUAUUUUUCGAUGAUUAGGAUGUAUGUGUCAUUAAUGCUGUUGGUGCAUGUCAAUAACAUAAUUAUAUAUAAAUGUUUAGUAUACAUGGAACAUUAUAUAAAUAAUUAAUACCACCCGUAUGUAUGUAUUUAUCAUAGAUAUGGUAAACCUUUAGUCUCGAACAAAAUUAAAUAAAUAUUGACGAACCUGUUCGAUUAUACAAAAUUAUGGUUAAGAAAAAAGGAUGUGUUUGAACUACCAUGUGUCUGCCAGUUUGAACUGACCAGACGUUUAACUUAGUUUAUUUUGCAGAAUGCCAUGAGAACACACAUGGGUUGUAUCUCUUAUUACACAUUAAGUAAAAUGGCUUUUUUUUUAAUCUGAUUAAUUAGAUAAUUGGCUUACAAACAACAGUUGGAUUUUGACUUCUGACACUGAAUUAUUACACAGUAUUGAAUGAGUUAUUAUGGCUGUAUUCAGGUAACAACUAUGAGUAUAGCUGUGUGUGCUAAGGGGAGAUAACUUAUAUAUCAUGUUCAGUGUGCUAAGGGGAGAUAAUUUAUAUAUCAUGUUCAACAGUAAAUACAAAUCCUAUUAUUGUAUGUACAGAAAAUUGUGUUUAUUUGAUAAUUAUAUAUUGUGAUUAACAACAUAAAUAGAGGGACUGGCUUUAUGUUUAAUCUUUGAAAAAGAUUCAAUUUCAAACUAAACUUUAAUCUGUUAAUUUAUAGUGAUGAUAAUGUACUUAAGCAUUUGAAAGUAAGAAUUAAAUGUUCCUUCAUAAUUAAAACCUUCAUUUUAUCUAACUUAAAAGUACUGGCAGGAAAAAUUCCUUGCACAUACUGAGACUCGAACUAGCAACCUCAAUGAAAAAUACCUUGCCAACGCUGGGCCUCGAACUAGCGACCUCUUGCUCCCUAAGUGGACAACCUAGCUCUGACAAGUCAUGAAAUAAAUAGUACAAUGCUACACUGUUAAACACCCUGAUAUGUGUAAGUACUGUGUAUUGUACUUUCAUAGGGUCUUUCCAGCUGACAUUUCAUUCUAUAGCAAACAUAUGGAUUGUAGGUUGUGAAUUUGUGCAAAGUCCUGUUUACAUUGCUAUACCUCAAAACAUAACAAAUGCUACGAUUAUCAGUUUCUCAGUGAUAGCUCAUUUCUGGUUUUUUUUUUUUCAUCAACGGAAGGCUAUUGUUUCUUGAUAAAAGAAAUAAUUGUUAAAUUUCUGUUUUAAUAGAACUAUGCUUUGAAUAAUGUGUGGUUUAAUCAUCACAAUUACCCGGUAAGGUAAAAAAGGGUUUAACAUCAUGGAUAGCUUAUAUAAUUACCAGUACUGAGAUAUCAUCAUCUCAUUUGGGGUUUAAAUAUUUAAGUAUAUACAGCUGUAAUUUAUAAAUGUGUUGUUUCAUUCAAUAGUCCCAUUGUGAUGAUCGUCAUUGUUAGACAAAGCUGGCAAUGCUGGAAUGUAUAUUUGGUUUUUGUCUUAUAUGGUUUCAAGUGAUGCCACUUUGCAAUAUAAUUUAUAUAUACAGUAUAUAUUUAAUUUGUACAUAGAAAGAAUAUGAUGUAAAGAGAUAAUGAAUAAAAAUUUUAAUGUACAUA